UUUUGACUUGUUAUUUGUAAAGUAUAGACUUAAAUUAAUAAUAUAUUAAUUAAAUUAGUAAUAUAUUAAUUUUUAAGAAAUAUGAGUCGUCAUCCAAAUACAGAUUAUAAAAAUCGUAGCGAGCCUCAAGUCGAAUUGGAAAGUCAAUUUAUUUUACGUUUGCCACCAGAACCAUCACGUGUUUUACGAGAAACAUUACGGAAUGGGUUGUCUUUAAAAGAUAGGUUAAGUAUAAAAUUAGAAAAUGAUAUGCGUUAUGGUGAAGUUAGAUUCGAUCAUUGGCUUCUUCACGGAAAGGUUGUUGAUAUACCAACAAUCGUAGAAUCUUUGAAAACUAUUGAUAACAAGAGUUUCUAUAAAACUGCUGAUAUAUGUCAGAUGUUAAUUUGCAAAGAAGAAGAUGACCAUACUACUACGGAUGAAGAAUCUCCAGUCAGACAAAAGAAAAAAGACCCCAAUAAAGUGGAUAAGAAGUUUCUAUGGCCACAUGGUAUAACUCCCCCUACUAAAAAUGUGAGACGCAGAAGAUUUAGGAAAACCCUGAAGAAGAAAUAUGUAGAAGCACCAGAAAUUGAGAAAGAAGUUAAACGUUUGUUAAGAGUAGAUAAUGAUGCAGUUAAUGUUAAAUGGGAAGUGAUAUGCGAAGAUGAAGAUCAAUCAAAACCGAGCAAAGUCUCAUCAUCUGGUACAGUGAAGACUAAGAGGGAAAGUAUUAAUGGUAACACAUCGCAAAGUUUUGAUGUUGCGGAACAUGAUAUAUUUGGUGAACUUGUAAGUGAUAGUGAAGAAGAUGAUGAGGAAGCAAAUAUAAAUGUAAUGGAAUUAGAUGAGAACAGUCGGCUUUCUGCAGACAGUAGAGUAUCAGAUUCUAAUUCUAUGCAAGCUGCAUAUUCAGAAAGACCUAGCAAUAUUGAAACAAAUGGUAGACUUUGCACAGUAUUCAGCAAAGAAAUGUUUCAAAAUGAUAAUAAUGUAGAAGCAGAAGCAGAAAAGCCAGAAGAUACAUCUUCGUCAAAAGUAGCCAAAGUUGAACAAUUUCAUUCAGAAUAUAUCAUUUCAGAAAACUUUUCAGAAUCUCCUGCUUCAGCAUCAAAAGAUUCACUGCAAACACGUCUUGCGACUUUGCACGCGGAAUUAGCUGAACUGCGUCAAAGAAGACAACAGCAAGAGCUUGCAAUAGCUAACAUUGAAAAUGUUAAAUUGCGGCAAAGACUUCAAGAAAUAUUGGACAAUUUAUUAACGCAAGAAAUGCAAAAAGUUCAAGAGAUUCAAGACUUAGAGUUAGGAUAAUGUCGAUAUAUGUGAUUAUAAUAAAUUAAAUACGAUACGAAGUAAAUAUUUAUGAAGUUGCUUGCAAUAAGAGAUCAAAACUA